AUGUUAGCAAACUUUCUGAAAAAGGCCGACACGUGUUUCAUCCGGUUUCAUUUCACUCUUCCUUCCUGUUUUUGUAUUCCGAUCUUCGAUCGUUGGAUAUUUGAUCGGGAAAUAAAGGCGAAAAUGCCGUCGCACGCGGAUGUAGAUAGGCAGAUAGAGCAGUUGAUGGAGUGCAAGGCGUUGACGGAAUCGGAGGUGAAAACCCUUUGCGAUCAAGCUAGGGCUAUACUUGUAGAGGAAUACAAUGUUCAACCGGUAAAGUGUCCCGUUACGGUUUGCGGUGAUAUUCAUGGUCAAUUUUACGAUCUCAUCGAGCUCUUCCGGAUAGGUGGAAGUACUCCUGAUACAAACUAUCUCUUCAUGGGCGAUUACGUCGAUCGUGGGUAUUAUUCGGUGGAGACUGUCUCACUUUUAGUGGCUCUUAAAGUUCGUUAUAGAGACAGACUUACAAUUCUUAGAGGAAACCAUGAGAGCCGACAGAUUACUCAAGUGUAAGACCUUUACUUUCUUAAGAUUCAUCACAAUUAACAUGAGUUUUAAUUCUUGUAAAGUUCA